CCUCUUUCUCUCUCAGCUUGGAAGUUCAUCUAUCUUAGAGAGAGAAAAAAGGAACUUCAAGCUGUUUAUCUUUCAAAUCCCUAAAAACCUAAAUCCAGUAGAUUCAAAUCUUACGAUUCACAAUGCAGUCUCUAGCGCCGCCUCCCAAUACCAUUUCUCUUCAAUCCUUCAUCGCCAAAUCGCCUAUUCUCUAUCGAAUCGGCCACAAUCGUGUUUCUUCUGUUCGAUGCGUUUACAGGUUCGAUUCCGAUAAAGCCACCGCCGCUAGCUCCAAUUUCUCCGGUGGAAUCGGCUCCGGAAGAGCCGACUGGCAGAGCGCUUGUUCCAUUCUAGCCAGCAAGGUUGUUGGACAAAAUCCUGACACCGAGAAGAGCGGCGGCGGAUCGGAAGGAAGUAUCGCCGCCGUUAACGGCCAUAAGACGUUGGAUCUCGUUCCGAUCGAUAAAAUCCCGAAGCCGCUCACGAUUACGGAUCUCUCACCGGCUCCGAUGCACGGAUCCAGCCUUCGUGUUGCUUAUCAAGGUGUUCCUGGCGCGUAUAGUGAGGCGGCUGCAGGGAAAGCUUAUCCGAAUUGUGAGGCGAUUCCUUGUGAUCAGUUUGAGGUUGCGUUUCAAGCGGUGGAACUUUGGAUUGCUGAUAGAGCUGUUCUUCCGGUGGAGAAUUCGCUUGGAGGUAGUAUUCAUAGGAAUUAUGAUCUUCUUCUCCGUCAUAGGUUACAUAUCGUCGGCGAGGUUCAACUCCCUGUUCAUCACUGUCUGUUAGCUCUUCCUGGUGUUCGGAAGGAAUAUCUCACUCGUGUUAUUAGCCAUCCGCAGGCACUCGCGCAGUGCGAGCAUACCUUGACAGAUCUAGGUCUCACUGUCGCGCGAGAGGCGGUUGACGAUACCGCCGGCGCGGCGGAAUACGUUGCGGCGAAUGGACUUCGCGAUACGGCAGCUAUUGCAUCUGCCCGUGCGGCGGAGCUGUACGGUCUGAGCAUUCUAGCAGAUGGGAUUCAGGAUGAUUUAGGGAAUGUGACUCGAUUCGUGAUGUUGGCUAGGGAGCCGAUAAUUCCGAGAACUGAUCGUCCGUUCAAGACAAGUAUAGUGUUUGCUCAUGAUAACAAGGGAACGUCUGUUCUGUUCAAGGUUUUAUCAGCUUUUGCAUUUCGUAACAUAAACUUGACGAAAAUUGAGAGCCGGCCUCAUAGGAACCGUCCAAUCCGGCUGGUGGAUGAUGCCAAUGUUGGGACGGCUAAGCAUUUUGAAUACCUGUUCUAUGUGGAUUUUGAAGCAUCAAUGGCGGAUGUUCGUGCACAGAACGCACUUGCAGAGGUUCAGGAAUUCACAUCGUUCUUGAGAGUUCUUGGGAGUUAUCCUAUGGACAUGACCCCUUGGAGCCCUUCACGGGAGGAUUGAUUAAUUAGCAGAAUCGAAUCACUGUAAAGAAAUUGGAUUUGAUAAUUUUGGGUUCACAGGAUUCUUGAUUAAUGGUUGAUGCAGAUUAGUAAAUGGGGGCCAGGAAAGAUAUCAAUUGUUGGUUUGUGGGUUUGAUUGUUGGUUGUACUUUGAGGAAGAAGAAGAAGAAUUGGGGGCGUAAAUAUUAUGUAGUUGUUCUUGGAAGGCCUGCAAAAGUUGUGGCCUUUAUUUUUCUUCUAUAUAUAUUAUAUUCAUGA